AGGCUAUCGCCUAUCCUCAACGGCAAGAUACGUGGUAUAUAUGUCCGAGGAGACAUGCACCGGCAAUGAUAAACAUAUGCCUAAAGACAUACAUCUGUCGAGCUAAGGCCGCUCAAGCACCCAUAGCACCCAUAUCCUUGCCAUGAGUUCGCAUAUCGGACUCCCUGUCCCGAACCCCGGGCUCAGCUUCUGGCAGAAAAGCACUCGCGCGUUUGCUCACCUGAACGCGAACUCCGGCGCCGCUCUUCCCACAAGAAGUCAGUACGUUAUCAUCGGAUCAGGCCUCGCUGGGUCUCUUACUGCUUUCGAAUUGCUUGAAGCGGGGGUCCAGGCCCAGGAUGUAAUCAUCAUCGAAGCCAGAGAAGCUGCGAGUGGCGCAAGCUCGAGGAAUGCCGGCCACGUUCGACCUGACGCUUUUCGAGGGUUCCCUGUCUACGCCGCUGCACAUGGCGUAGAUCAGAGUGUGAAAGUGCUUGCCAAUGAGCGGCUGGUUCUCCAUAAGGUCGACGAGUUUGUGAGAACCCGUAACGUGCCCUGCGACUUCCAUUUCACAAAGACCUUCGACGUGUGUAUGACCCCCGAGUUUGCCGACUACGAAGCGGCAAGUUUCGAUGCCUACAAGAAGGCCAGUGGGGACGUCUCUCACGUCAAGUUCUACGAAGGUGCUGAGGCAAAAGAGAAAACCAGAGUGCCUGGUGCUGUGGCCGCCUAUGAAUGGCCCGCUGGUUCGAUUCAUCCAGCAAAACUGACCCAAUGGCUAAUCCGUAGCUGCGUUACGAGGGGGGUAAAGCUUUUCACUCAUUGUCCGGUAACGAGCGUCAAGGAGGUCAAAUCUCAGGCUGCUUCGGAUGCUGCCCAACCUACCCUCUGGGCUGUUCACACUGCUCGAGGCACCGUUGUGACACCAACUGUCGUCCACUGUACGAAUGCGCACGUGGGAUAUCUGCUACCAACAUUGCAGAAAUACGUGACGCCUUGCCGGGCCCAGGCCAUGUCAAUAAUUCCAACUCCAUCCUUCGCAGGCGACAAUGUCAUACCUCACACAAUGUCACUCAGAUAUACUAUAAAACAUUUCCAUUCACUCAUCCAACGGCCAUCUGACGGAACUUUCAUCCUGGGUGUGUCACGUGGGAAUCCAGCGCUGAGCCCCGAAGCGGUAGCGGAACUCCAGACGACGGACGACACGAGGUAUUCUUCCGAAGUCCUGCAAGCAGGUAUUAGGGGCUGGCGCGAUAUUUUCCCCCAAACUGAAGCAUCGUCCGUCCGACACGGCGAGGGUGUAGACCACGUAUGGACUGGUAUCAUUGCUAUGUCUACAGACCACGUCCCAUUUGUGGGACCCAUCGAGUCUCUUCCGGGACAGUAUGUGUGCGCUGGCUUCAAUGGACAUGGAAUGGCCAGAAUCUUCACGUGUGCCCCUGGUGUGGUCAAACUGAUCAUGGGCAAAGAUUGGAAUGCCACAGGCCUGCCGGAAUGCUUCCAGAUGAGUGCAUCACGGUUGUCGAGUCUGAGAGAUCUGGCAAAAGGCCAAGAUCCCGUGGAGCGAGCGUGGGCAAGUAAUGCCGGUGGCUCCGCAAAGCUUUAGGUUUGCACCUGCGUCAAGUGCCUCGAAAGAGGUACUCAUGUAGGAUGUGCGAUAGUAUCAUCUGCGCCGAAACUCAACAACGCGGCGGCCGUAAUAGUUGGUACGCGUUGGUUGCCACACUAUAUAGGCCAUAGUAGAGUAGAUCAACACGGUGUCAACACCGUAUCAACACGAUUUUAAUAUAGUAUCCGAUACAGUUUAGUUUCACCACGGUUCCAAAUCGGUGUCGAUCCGAG